AUGAUUUUCUCACAGACAUUUUCUCAUGGUAUGACUACCACACAAGUGACUUCACCCAACCACAUUCAAUAUGAAUCACAUCAGUAUACUGAACAAAGCCUUCCACUUACACAAAAACUGUUUUCCGGAAAUGAAACAGAUGAACGUUUACAGAAAUUUCCUAUUGUUACCAUAAAUGAAUAUAACCCAGCUCUUACACUGACGUCGACUUUCCCAGGAAGCAGUAAAAGUAGUUUAACACAAAUGAAUGAUGUUCAAAAUCGAAGUUUCACAAAAGAUUAUAAUAAACUGCCUCCUGUGAGUAACAUACUUAUGCCGAGUAGUUUACGCAGUCUACCUACUGACAUAAAAUACAAGAAAGAUUCAUUGUCUCCUUCUUCGUCUUCUUCUUCAGCCCUCUUUCUGUCAGCAUCGUCAUCUUCCAUUUGUCCACAGUCUUCGUUACAUGAUUUUAAAAGAAGCGAGUGUUCAAAAUCAAGCCUUCUGGUACAAGAUAUGCGGAAGCAAAGUGAAAAUGCAAGACAAAACCAGCCACAAGUGGAAUACAACACUUACAUAGAUAAUGAACAUCAAAAUUCAGAAGUGUAUUCAAGCAGAAAAGUGCUUACAAAUGAGCCGUCAAUGAUUUCAUUAGCACCUUCACUACCGCAACCAUCUUCCUUACCACCACUUAUUCAAAUGCAAUCUAAUUAUGUGAACAACCGCUUACUACAUUGUAUUAAUAAUAGUAGAAAUAACAUGGAUGGCGAAAGAAUUAAACGACCUAUGAAUGCAUUUAUGGUAUGGUCACGAUUACAAAGGCGUAAAAUGGCUGAAGAAAAUCCUAAACUCCACAAUUCUGAAAUCAGUAAACAAUUAGGAAACUUAUGGAAGUCUUUAACAAAUGCAGAUAAAACUCCUUUUAUAGAAGAAGCCAAUCGACUACGUGAUUAUCAUAUGAAACGUUAUCCAAAUUAUAAAUACUGUCCUCGAAGAAAGCGUAAACAACCAAAUGCUAAAGGUUUACCACAGUAUAAAGUUAAAACAGCUUCUGAACUACCACUUGGACUUGUCCUAUGUCCAACACGUGCAAGCUCUUUUCAAGCUACAAGAGUAACACGAGUGUCACAUAUUGUGGCUCAACCAUUUAAUAAAACAUAUGUCCCCAUUUUAGCACCUACAAUGAGACCAUGUGAAAAUACACCUACGAGAAAUAUUUGUUUGAGCAAUGUAGAUUAUAAACCAGAACAGUUUAUUCUACCUUCGCCUAUGAUGACGCAUGCGUACAACAAACCCAUGUCAAAUUGUCACCCUCCUGUCCAAAAUAUGAUAUUAGAUGACACAGCAAAUUUUCAGCCAGCUGACGCAAAUUAUCCUCCAUAUAAAAUUCAAAUGGAGAAUACACCUUAUUAUAACAAUUAUAUUCGAGACAGUACUACUGAUUUUGUUGAUGAACGAGAAUUUUAUACAAGCUUAAAUAUAUGUCAACCGACUACUAGUAAUGAUAUGAAUGGUAGUAAUCACGAAUCUUCCAUUUACGAUACAUCACAUUCUCCAGAAACAUACUCGCGUUUUUUAGAUUCAAUUGAUUUACAGACAUUUUUCUAA